CUGAGAAGGUAUCUAUUUGUAGAUAUACACAGUAUUCUGUACGCAUUUGUAAGAUCAGCACAAACAGUUUCCAAUCAGUCGAAUCAGGUGUUAAAGUAGUCUUAACACGCCGUCAAAAUGACCCGUGUUCUUGUCACUGGGGCCUCUGGUUUCCUCGCAUUGCAUGUUGUUAAGCAGCUGUUGGAGUCUGGUCAACAAUACAUCGUUCGAGGAACAGUCAGAAGUUUAGCGAACGAAUAGAAGCUCAAACCGUUGAGGGCACUGUGCCCAGAAAAUUCGAAACAACAGCUGGAAUUGGUGGAAGCAGAUCUCAGUCAAAGAGAAUCUUGGAUUGAUGCUGUCAAAGACUGUACCUAUGUGAUACAUGUUGCGUCACCGCUCCCUCUCAAGAUGCCAAGAGAUGAGAUGGAGGUUAUUGCACCCGCUGUGGAAGGAACCAAAAGCGUCCUUGAAGCGUGCGCCAAGACCAAGGGCGGGGUAAAAAGAGUUGUGUUGACGAGUUCCAGUGCUGCAAUUCAUAGUGGUCGACGAGGCGUUGAAGAUAAAGUCUUCACCGAGGAGGACUGGGCAGCAGACGAGGGGGUCAGCCCGUAUGAGAAGAGCAAGAAGCGUGCGGAAAAGGCCGCCUGGGAACUAGUGGAGAAGUUGCCAGAUGAUGAGAAGUUUGAGCUUUGUACCAUCAAUCCUGGGUUUAUUGUUGGCCCUGUGUUAGGCUCUUAUUGCACAAGCACCGAGGUAAAUGUAUAUUUCACUCACAGGCGUUUUCUUCAGCGAGAAAUGCCAAUGGUUCCUAAAAUGAUGUUUGGAGUGAUUGAUGUCAGAGAUUGUGCUAGAGCUCAUAUAAUUGCCAUGACGUCAACUAAAGCACCUGGUAACAGAUACCUCGCCAUCACGGACUGUUACUGGAUGGAUGAUAUGGCACGGCUGCUUCAUGAAGAAUUCAGACCUCUCGGUUAUAAAGUUCCUACCACAGUGGCUCCAAAGGUCAUGAUAAAAAUCGCCUCUUGGUUUGAUGGCACGUUGAAGUUUAUUUUACCUUUUCUUAACAAAGACAUCAAGUUAGAUAAUUCGAAGAUAAAAGACCAUUUCGGUAUGCAGUUUGAGGAUUUCAAGAAAAGCGUAAUAGACAUGGCCUACAGUUUGAUCGAAAGAGGUUUUGUCAAGAAGACACCGCAAUACGAGGAAGCGAAAAAACAACAAGCUACUAAUGGAUCUGGGUAGUUAAACUUGAGGAGACGUCACGCUCGAAGUUAGCUACAAUCCUCGUGAAGUUUUGUUGAAACAACC